CUCUCUUUAACAGAUUUUGCAUCUUUUUACUCACUUUGUGACAUUAAAAGCGUUUUUUAUUGCAUACUUACAGGCUAUUAGCGGUAUAAGGGUAAUAAUUGGCAUCACAAAAAUAAAUCACGCUUACGAAUUUUAAAGGAUCUCUAUUUCUCUCUGACCGCCGUUUAUUCUGCCUUUCACUCCCAAACCCCGCCUUCCAAACCACGUCAGCCAAUCCGAUGUCUGAAAAGCCAAGCUAUAAAAAAUGAGUGACAGAAGUAGAGCGGUUCAAUGACUCACUCGCUUUGAGAAGUGUCGCGUGACGUCACGCUCGUCGCAUCUCGUCGUAGAAGGACCAACGCCCGCGCGAUGAACCAAUGAGCGCGCUCGACGCUGGUGAAUCAUGUAGGCUACUGUAUGUGUGUACCCGCAUCGGCAGCAGGAAGCUCGUAAAAGCGUCUCGCCACAGAUACACAAUCACAGAUCCACGAGAAGAGUAACGCGACAAGAUCACCGGCGACAGAACCCUCGCGCAGCUUAAGUUAAAUUUGGUUUCAUUUCGAAGUGACGCCACGAGGAGACCCGCAUCUCAAUGAUUCCUAAUCCCGCAACAAGUUAUGAGGAGUGCGAGGCCACAGCCGAUUGGCUGUUAUCUCUGGCUCCAGCGCGUCCUCUGGUGGGGAUCGUGUGUGGUUCGGGUCUCGGUGGACUGGCAGAAAUGUUGAAAGAUCCGGUGGUUAUCAAGUACAGCGACAUUCCCAAUUUCCCUCAAAGCACCGUGCAUGGCCACGCUGGAAAGUUGGUGUUUGGCACUCUUAAAGGGAAAGCGUGUGUGUGCAUGCAGGGCAGAUGUCAUCUUUAUGAAGGAUUCCCCGUUCAGAAGACCACGAUGCCCAUCAGGCUGAUGAAGCUGAUGGGCGUAGAGACGUUGAUUCUGACUAAUGCUGCUGGAGGACUGAAUCAGGAUUUUAAGGUGGGAGAUGUGAUGGUUAUCAAAGAUCACAUCAAUAUUCCAGGCUUCGCCGGAAACAACCCGCUGGUGGGACCCAAUGACGACAGGUUUGGGGUGAGGUUCCCGUCCAUGUCAGACGCAUAUGACCGCAAUCUCCGGAAGCUCGCUCACGAUGUCGCAGAUGAACUCGGUUACUCCGCGUUCAUGAAGGAGGGCGUGUACAGCGCGUUGGGUGGGCCGUCUUUUGAGACCAUCGCUGAAUGCAAACUGCUCCGCCUCCUCGGAGCCGACACAGUCGGCAUGAGCACCGUUCAUGAGGUCAUCGUGGCGCGCCACUGCGGGAUGAGAGUCUUCGCUCUGUCUCUCGUCACCAAUCAGGCGGUGAUGGAUUACGACAGCGAGAAGAAGGCCAAUCACGAGGAGGUUCUGGAGACGGGGAAACAGAGAGCCAAAGAGCUGGAGAAACUGGUGUCUACCAUGGUAUCUCGCAUGGAGCUCAAGAACAAGAAAUAACAGGACAGCCAGUGAACGACCCUCCGGAACGACCAUAGACCUGAAACAUACUGUACGCAUGAACACACGACAUUAAUCAAACUAAAAUAAGUUCAUGUUUAGACCUCAUUUAAUUUUUAAUUUUGGCACACAUACUGAUAAUGGACUAAAUGCACUGUAAUGCAUUCGUGUGCGUACAGCCAAACGCGCAGCCUUGCUAAGUGUACUGCUUUUGACUCAUAUGCGUACACGUGGGUUUCGAUGCAUGCUCUUUGCGACCUAUCGCAAUACCUCUCCGGGCCUACAGGGGUCAGGGUUUCUUCUAACUUGAAUCAUGCUAUAAUGUUAUUUUAAAGUUAUAGAGUACUGAGCACAUCAGGACCGCAGCGCACUGAGCAAACUUUCACGUGCGUACUUGUGUAAAGUAUGUUUCGGCACAUAGACAUAAACAUGCAUCAUGCUAGCUAUAGGCAUUUAUGGUAGAGUAAUCACACUUGGCCUUGAACUUGAAUGAGAUCAAGAGUUUUACUUUAAGUGAAGUGUCUUAAUUUCUCUUACCCUGACACGAUAAACAGGGACUUUAUUCAUCGUUUGGGCAUAUUUACCAAUUAAUAGAUUAAUGCGUCACUAUUCAGCGUUUAUUUAUGGAGUCUGAUAGUAAUAUAUUUAAAAGAUGUGGAAAGUGGGGAAACAAUAUAGAAAUUGACAAUCAUCCAGAAAUGAAGUUUCGUUAAAACAAACGUUAAAGGGAUACUUCACCCAAAGAAUUAAAAUUCCGUCAUCAUUUGCUCACCUUCGAGUAGUCAAAUGUAUGUUCUGAUGAAAACAGAGAAAGAUAUUUGGAAGAAUGCUUGUGACAAGACAGAUUUUGCCCCCCAUUGACUCCCAUAGUAGGAACAAUUACUUUAUAAUUUUUUACAUAAAGACAAUAUUUUGAAGAAUGUCGGACAGCAAACCGUUUUGGGACACUACUAUGGGAGUCAUUGGGGCCAAAAUCUGUUUGGUUACAAGCAUUCUUCCAAAUAUCUCUCUCUGCGUUUAUCAGAACAAAGACAUGUAUACACAUUUGGAACAACUCGAAGGUGAGGAAGUUAUGACAGAAGACUCAUUUUUGGGUGAAGUAUCACUUUAAAAUAGUUUUUGUAAAGCUGUAAGCGUGGAGACUGGUUCUGUCAUAACUGUUACUAAAGAAACUUUCAGCUGUUCUGGAUGGGUGAAUAUAUAUAUAUAUAUUUAUGUUACUUUUUUAUGUAAGCGUUCUUAUGCGCUGUCUUCGACAUUUUUGGUUGUUUGGGCUGUGUUUAUGCAAACAUCAAAUUUUUUGCAAAAGGGGUGUUUUUUUAUUUAAAUUUUAAUAUUUUGCUCUAUUUUUAUGUCGUAAAUGUUUUUUUUAACAAGGUUCAUACAAAUGUUACACUCUCACGUCUGUUUGGACAAAUAAAAUAUCCUCCUAGAAACCGAUUAAAAGUACAGAUGUUCAUCUGUAAAACAUGUAAGGGAUAAUCCACGGCUAGGAGGCGUAGAAGCAAGACACAAGCAGAGGGGGGUUGCCUCCACAAAGUGCAUUAAAAUCCUUUAAUGUACGGCUAGCCGUGGAUUAUCCCGCUUAUACCAUGGUCAUUUGCCAAGUGAAAGCUUUUAUUGAUGUUUACAGUGUCAUUUUAGAUCAAACAGGUGAAUAAGACUGUUAUUCUGAUCAUUUCGUUUUAAAUGUAAUCAAACUGACUGGAGUUGCACACCUUCCAGCCAAUCAGAGUCCAGUAUUCAAACAGAACAUGGUAUAGGCGAGCAUAAAUCAUUUAUUAUAUAAAAAGCCUUUGAUUUUGUUGGUGACAAAAAAAUAAUAAAGUUCAAAAACAUUAAAUGGU